AUGGCCAAUCUCCGUAUCCCAUCAUUUAUCUUACCAAUUUUCCUCUUCGCUUUGUCUUCAUUAAGCUACAAUGCUAAUCUGGUGGAUGCUCGUCAACUUUUGGAGACACCAGUGCCGGAGAUACCCAAGCCUGUAUUGCCAGAGCUACCACCAUUGCCUAAGGUUGAUUUUCCAGCAAAACCCGAGCUUCCAAAGCUUCACCUGCCCGAAAUUCCUGAGCUCCCCAAAGUGCCUGAGUUGCCCAAAAUUCCAGAGCUCCCAAAGCCUGAGCUUCCCAAAGUGCCAGAGUUGCCAGCAGUUCCUCACUUGCCUGACCUUGACAAGCUCACAUUGCCCAAGGACUUCCCUGUGAUCCAUCCUUGA